AAGAUGUCGUUAUUAAUUUUAGCACUGACGCUCUUCAUUUUGGAUGCUGCAAGCAGCGCUCGUCUUUGGGAAUUUGAGCCGCUGUCAUUUGAAGGCACUAGCUCGGAUCCAGCCAAAUUAAACAUCGACUUGGCAAUUGAGCGCAUAAAACGUGGUGAAUUUGCUAUGAAUGGCAUUAUCGAUUGUAAAUACGAUAUGGAUGAAACAACUAUGGUUGAGGGCAUCUUCUUGCGUAGCAAUACUGGUGAUGAGGACGAUUACAAACUAAUGCCUUGGUCUAUACCCAAGCAAAGUUUCAAGGCAUUUGUUGCUUCGUAUUAUGAAAAUGUCGCGCUCAAGAACGUAGGCUACUGCUCCAAUUUGCCAGCGCUAGAAAAUGCUGAUCCCUGGCCUAGGGAUGUGUACAAGUUCGAAAAUUGUGUUUAUACUGGCGAUGGUUUGCCUGAAGUAGCACCCGAGGGUUUUUAUAAGGUUACUUUUAUAUUUACGGGUGAGGUGGAAUGGACUUUUACGGCUAAAAGCAAAGUUACGCUCAAAAUGGAUUUAUAUGGUUAAAAUACAAAAUAUUCAAAGCUAGUACUAUAAUCAGUUGUGAUUUAAGCGCUCAUUAUAAAGGCAUCUAAUGCAUUCCGGGAAUGCACAAAUUGAGCCACUUAAAAGGGUUAAGCAUAAUUUCAGCUACAGCGUAAAUGGUAACAAUUGUGGGCGUGGCACUAACUGCAUGCGGUGCAAGCAGCUGGUUGCAACAGACGCAGGGUGCCAUAAAAUGUGGCAGCCAGGUAGAAAUUAGUGUGCAGCAGCAGCAGCAGCAGCUGUUGUUGUUGUUGUUGUUGUAGCAACACGAGCAAAACCUCAACGUUAGUUGGAGUGUGAAAUUUUCAAAGCAUGCUGCUGCAUGCCAACAGCAACAACAGCAGCAGCAGCAGCAACAAAAAGAGUGUUAACUGUCAGUUGCUGGCGGGGCAAAGCGACUGUUGCUAACGGUAAGCAAAAAGAAAAUGCCUGCUGAAAGUGUCGCCUGAGCAGCAGCAGCAACUGCAAUUCGAGUUGCAUUUCAAGUGAAAACUUGCUGCUAAUUUAUUGCAAAUUGUUAAAGCGACGACAACAACAUAGCAAACAGCAACAGCAACACUGACGCUACUACGUUAAUAUUGUUGCUGUUGUGUACUGUCAGUUGCUGACAAGCCACAUUGGCUGUUGCCACCAAAAAAAAAAAGUGUAUAUAUAUAAAAUAUAUAUGCGCUGCUGUUGGUAUUUUAAAAUUUAAGCAAAGUUUGAGCUCGCCUAAUGGCCUAAUGACAUCAGCGCUGGCAAAUUUACAUGCUGACAAUAUCGAAAUUGUUAUCUGGCAUAAAAAUAAUUACAGCAGACAAAAUAGCUGCAGAGCUACAAAAAAAAGCAGCAGCAACGCAUGUUGGCUGUGUUUUUCCAACGGAAAUUCAGCGCGCUGCGCUAAUUAACCAAAAACGCAGCCAAUUAGUUUGGCCAACACUGCAGCGCCAAAGGGGCGUAUGUGUGUUGCCUGCCAAUGUGUUGGCAUGUGUCAAAAAAAAACAGAAACUGGUUGUAGUCAUUAAAGUCUAGAAUUUGUGAUUCGCGAUUUACAUGCGCAGAUAGCGGCGCAAGCCUAAAGAGAUAAUAAUUGGCAACAAUGUUUGAUUGAUACAAUGCAUAUAUCUUACGCUUAUGCUUAUCGGCCAGCAAUAAACAUACGCGUUGGCUAAUAAACAAGUGGCCAAGUGCACAGAAUGCAAAGCUUGUUAAAGUGCAUGUAAUGCAUUAAGUUGAGAACAACAAACAAACAAACAAACACAAAUUAC